CUCAGCCACACACUUGCAGAAUAUUUCGAUUCUCAGAGAUUGCAUGGGCGGCCAUCACUUAAUUGGUUCUGUUCUUUAGCUACCAAAUUUCCAUGACCAAUUCAAUUACGGAAAGCAAACCACUCAAUAUAUAUUCUUCGUCAUCGCUGUGAUAGUCAAGCCCCAAAAACUGGUCAGCAGUCAGAACCGGAGAGGAUUAGAGGAGAUCGAUAGAGAAGUAUAUAUCUUGAAGCAAGAAAGAGACCAGAAAUCGAGAACCUUGAGCUGAAAUGAUAAGUUUCCGAUUAUAGCGAACCAAUGACGAGAGAGUACACAUAAGAUGAUUAGGAGUCCCAAUACUAAUGAUGCUGAUGGACAAGGACCAGCAGGAUCGACUACUCAUUUUGAAGCUGGCACGACCUCAAGAUUAACUUUGUCAUCAACAACUUCUCGUUCAACUGCUUCAACAACAGUAGCACCAUGGAUGAGGUUAAGUAAAGAUCCAAGAAUUGUACGUGUAUCGCGUGCUUUUGGGGGAAAGGACAGGCAUAGCAAAGUUUGCACUGUGAGAGGGUUGCGAGAUCGGCGCGUGAGGCUUUCGGUACCUACUGCGAUUCAGUUGUAUGAUCUUCAAGAUAGGCUUGGACUCAACCAACCUAGCAAAGCUGUCGAUUGGUUGCUUGACGCGGCCAAGGAUGAUAUCGACCAGCUUCCACCUCUUCCAAUGAUGCCUUCUGUCCCAGGGAGCUAUGGCGGCGGCGGCCUAAUGAAUCAUCAGUCACUCCUGAAUAUCACUCCAUCACCUCUUGAUCAAAACAUAGGAGAUCAAGGAACUAGAAGCAAUAUUUGGAGAUCAACAAAUGAUGGUGAAGAAGAUCAGAAAAAUGAUAAAGAUGUGGAAGAAUCAGACGAAGAUGAUAAUGGAAAACAAAGAGGGAAUGUUGUUGAUCAUGGUUCAUCAUCAUCAAACAACUUCUUGAUGGCCAGAACUAGUACUACUACUACUACCAAUCAUCCAUUGUUCUUUCCAGGUCUUCUGAACAAUUGUAAUGCCAUGCCUAAUUACGGUUUUCAUCAUUGGGAUCAAAAUCAGUCUUCAAAUUUUCCGCUAUCUCAUCAGUUGGCAAGCCAUGGAUUCACAUCUCAACCUACAGAUCUUCACAAUUUCAAUGUGGCAUCCUUGCCUUCCGCAUUAUCUUUAUCAACUGGAACAACACAAUCUUAUUUUCCUUCGCAUGCUACCACGGAUGCAGCAGAUAAUCAGAUCGAUAUUCCGAGACAAUUCAGCCACCACAUGCCGAGUUCUCAUCAAAACCUCUUGGCCAAUUCUGUAUACCCUAGUAGCCAGUCUAUGCAGAGAGCAACGCCCCAAAAUUUGAUGAGUAUGAUUACAAAGCUUUCCCAUUCUUCCCAGCCAACUAAAGACCAGGAGCCUCCUUCUAGAUGAUACAAGCAAGCGACCUAGCUUAUAGGCGAUUCUAGUCCAAGAGUACUCAUGAGAGGUACUAAUGACAUUUCGUUCAACUAUGAGAAAUAAAUGAGAAAUAAAGUAUGUAUCCAUUUCUCUUGUACCUUUAAACGGCGAUGGAGAGCUAGUGCGCAGGCCAGGUACAGAACGAUCUCUAGAGGAAACUUUCAUCGAAUCCCGGGGUUUCUGAUAGUUCUUGAUUAAUUAAAUGUUCAUUUAAGAUUUUAUUACGUAUUAUGUUUGGUUUCCUUUUCAUAGUUUUGCUAUGCAUAUAGGCUAGCUCAUGUUUCUGUGCUAUUCAGCAAGAUUUUGAGUAAGAUUAUCAUAGGCCAGUUUCUAACCAUAAACUCAAAGCAUUGCUUGCAACAUAUAUAUGAAUAUGA